AUGGAGGCAGAAGACGCACAAAAAGCGCUCCGGCUUGCGUUCAAACAUGACGCAAGCGGUGACACAGCGGCCGCUAUCAAGUGGGCGAAGAAGAGUGUUGCCAUCUACAAGACACCGUCAGCAGAAGCACUUCUAGUUCGACUUGAAAAGAGUGGUGCGUCCGGCAAUGGUGCCUCAACCUCAGCAUCAGCUUCGUCCUCUUCAGCUGCCGGUGCCUCAUCUUCCGCUGAGGGACUUCGCUCACGCACAACAGCCUCUCAGACCAACGGACGAUCACCAGCCGAAACAACACAUUCAGCACCAAAACGAGCGUACACUUCGGCGCAGAUGGAAGUCGUGACCCGGAUUAAGAAGGCAGGUGGUGAUUUUUACAAAGUGCUCGGUGUCGAUAAGACAGUGGAUGAGAACGGAAUUAAGAAGGCGUACAAGAAGUUGGCAUUGCAGCUUCAUCCUGAUAAGAACGGCGCUCCUGGUGCAGAUGAAGCGUUUAAGAGUGUCUCGAAAGCCUUCAGCAUCCUCACAGAUGCGGAUAAGCGGGCAGCAUACGACCGAUAUGGAGGAGAUCCAGACAACGCAAGAUCAGCAGCAGGUGCAGCCGCAGCAGGGCAUCACAACCCAUUCGGCGGUAUGAGAGGCACACCUUUCGGAGGCGGUGGAAUGUACACAGACGAGAUCGACCCCAACGAUCUCUUCAACAUGUUCUUCGGCGGAGGUGGUAUGGGUGGGGCGCAAUUUGGCGGAACCACCUUCUCGUUCGGUGGAUCAGGCAUGCGAACACAUCAAUUCCGACAACGACGACCUGGGCCACGUCGUGCUCAUGCAGAACCUCAAAACGCUAGCAUUCUUCUUCAGCUUCUACCAUUGCUCGUACUCGGCUUGUUCAGUCUUCUCGCAUACGCACCGUCGCUGUUCUCGACACCAGAUCCGAGCUUCUCUUGGACGCCUUCCACCACGUACAAAACACAACGCAUGACCGAAAAGCAUCACAUUCCGUACUAUGUCAACGACAACCAGUUCAACAACCACCCAUUCGUCACCGGAGAGCGCAGCAAAAAGGAUAUCGCUGGAUUCGAGGGUCGUGUAGAGAAUGCCUACAAGCAAGCCAUGUACUCGAGUUGCGAGCGUCAACGAGAGUAUCAAGAGAGAAGGCUUGCUGCAACAAGAGGGUUCUUGGGUAUCGGGGGAGAUGAAGAAGCUGCCAAGAGAAUCAUGGCAGAAGUCUACGACAGCUGCGAGAAGCUCAAGCAGUUCGGUAUCUACAUCUAG